AGCCCAGCAGUUGUGGCUCGGCCGUGUUGCGGGUAAGACGUGUUCGUCUCGCACCUCGGGGAUACUCCACUCUCCCUCCCUCUUUCGCUCGCUCGCUCGCUGGCUGUGCGGCACACUUUUCGUUUUGGAAUUCUUUCGUUUGACUCUUCAAUUAUAUAUUCUUUUUUAUCUGACUUGGAAAUUCUCUCGCGAGGACUUUUGAGUGAAAGAAGGAUACUUCCUUUUUCCCGUAGGAUUUCUUAGGUGGCCAGGCAUGGUGAGCGAUGGAAGAGGAAGAAGAGGUCUGCUGUGCGUGUCUGGAACAAUAUAACCCAAGAAUAUGUGCCUGAGGAGGCCAGCGAACUCUUCUGAAAAUCCAAGAUGUUUGCCGGACGCCCGCCGAUUCACUCAAGCUAAUUCUGAUUACCGGCGUAUCAUGAGAUUGAUGUGACGAUGUGACAGUGCUGUUUUCCAAUGCUUUUCCUCUACAGUUAAUGGUUAAGGGAUUAUCUUUUAUUUUACUCUUCGUGUCAGUGUUUUAAAUUCUCUACUUGAGAGCCGGAGAGUGUUAGUGAAAUCCUAUUAAGUGUCUGACCGGCGGUGGAUUCUGCUUAGUCAGUUUUGAUGUCGUUUUGUUCCUGUGUCGUGAAUUUUGUAUAAAGAACGAAGAUGGAUUUAUAGAAAUGCAUUACUUGCAACGAAGAUGGAUUUAUAGAAAUUAAUAAUACAGAACUAAGAGGGAAAUAUGGAAAUACUAUAUAUAUAAUUCAGAGGGAAAAAGUUGGAAAUUAUUUAUAGUGUUGUCCCUGUCUUUUAAACACUGGCUUUGAGUUAUUAAUUCUGAAAGAUAUCAUCUAAACUGGGGUUGAAAUUGCUGACACACCCCCUCCCCCUCCCGCCAUCUACUUUUACACACAGAACGCAAUUCAGUCAUUCAUUCUGAAAGAUCCCUAAAUGGGGUUGAAACUGUGAAAAAAAAAAUGGAAAUUUUAUUUGUAGUGUUUCCCCCUGUACUUUUAAAAGCCUUCAAGUCAUUCACACUGAAAGAUAUCUAACUGGGGGUUGAAAAUACUAACAGCCCCCUAACCACCCCCCUCCCCGCCCCCAAAAGAAGUUAUCCAGGUACACGUGAAAUCUCGACAAUCCACCACGCCUACCCCCCCCCCCCCCCCUCCCCUCCCCUCCCGAAUGGAACAGUUGGAGAGAAAGAGACUCGAGACCGAAAAUGACUUCGAGUGAGUUUGGAAACCUUGUUCCUGGCGGCGCCUGUGAUCUAGGGCCAAUUCGGAACUCGGGACAAAAGCGCAAUUGGGUUUAUCUCGGAAGAUUUCGCCCAAUUCCGCGACGGGAGAGUUGACUGCGACGCGAAAAUACUAGUGCCCCACAUCGCGUCUUUCGCGAAUGCGACAACUUUGAAAACUUGCUUCGGAGGAGAAAUAUUAAAUUUUUCGUAUUCAAUUUUUUUUAAUAAAAAUUUUUUCGCUUUUCAUACUCAGUAUUAGACGUUAAAUAGAAGUGGAGUUUGACGUGAACUCGCACGACGUGUUUAAAAAUAUAUCACUAAUAAAUCGAGCAAUACUAAAAUAAAAACAAGACAAAAUAUUAUUAUAUAAUUAUUAAUAUUAUCUAAUCCGGACUGCGCCCCGAAUAUAGAUCGCUUAUCGCGCUAACUUAGGAAGACUCUGCAAGAUUAGUUUUGAAUAUGAAUGACUCGCUCAGCCUAAUUGCUAUGAGAUAUGCGGACACAACUUUCCUCACAUAUUAAUUUGUAGAGUUUGUUGCCGUUAUUAGCUCGUUCCUGCAGCAAGAGGAAUGAGGUCUUGCGAAAUCCCAGAAUUUGAACAUUAACGCCUUUCGUUGAGACCAAGACUUUGUUAAACGAAGCACUAAGAAGCACAGAACAGUUUCUUUGUGAUAAAAAUAAGAAAGGUUUGUGUCGUGGAUCUCCUCUUGGAAGGAACACUCUCCUGGAAAGGAAAAAAUAAAGAAGGAUUUGUGUUGUGAAUCUCCUCUUAAAGGGAACACUUUCUUCGAAAGGAAAAAAACAAAGAGGAAUUCGUCUUGUGAAUUUCCUAGUGAAGGGAACAUUCUCUUGGAAAUGAAACAAGAAUUUGUAUUGUGAAUCUCCUCCUUCAGGGGUCAAUUUGUUGGAAAACAAAAUAAACAAAAGGAUUCAGUGUUGCGAUUCUCAUCCUCAAAGGAACACUUUCUCGGAAAAAAAGAAAAAAGAAAGAGAAUCUGCUUUGUGAAUCUCCUCCUUAAGGCAAAGAAGAAUUUUUAAUCCCCUUGAUUUCUUGCUCAGCAAUUCUGCAUACUUUCCUUUGAUUACUUCACCCAAAGAGAAUAUAUCACUCACUCUCUCUCUCUGUCUCUCUGUCUCUCUCGUGUGAUGUGAAUUUUGCAUCUCCGCGUUCGGUGAAUGAAUUUUGUGUGCAUUUUUUUUUCAUUUUUUUUUUAACGGAGCCUUUUUGAAAUUCAUGGGCGCCGAAAUGCAGUUAUAGGGAGCCGCAAUGCAGCUCAGAUGAAUGAAUGAAACAAGUGAAUGAGGCAUAGUAGUGAGUGGACAAGAGCGCAGAUAAUAUGAACGCCCCUGGGAUAAGCUUCGUGUGUCUGGCGGCCUUCUUCGCUGUCACCUUCGGCGAGAGACCAGGUGUCAAGGCCGAGGACCAGAUGUUCCGGGUUCGUCCCGAGAGCGUCGCGGUGAAGUCGGGGGCCCGACGUCUUCCUGAGGUGUGUCGUGAGAACCAGCAGGGAAACGCCCAAUGGACCAAAGACGGUUUCGCCCUGGGAUUCGAGCGCCACGUCCCGGGAUAUCCCCGCUACUCGUACUCCGGCGACCCGACCAAGGGCGAGCACCACCUCAUCAUCAAGGGCGUGACGCUGGAGGACGACGGAGAGUACCAGUGCCAAGUGGGACCCACCAUGAAGACGAGUGCCAUCUGGUCGGCGGCGAACGUCACGGUGAUGGUGUCGCCCGCAAACGUGUCGCUGGUCGGCAUCGAGCCCGGAUCGACUGUGGAGAAGGUCGUCGGUUCGAGCCUCCAACUUCAGUGCCUGGUGUCCGACGCCAGACCAGCGCCCAGUGUCGCCUGGUACAGAGACGGGCUUCUGCUUGACCAAGGGCUCCAAGAAGACAGGAUCAAAUCCUCGUCUCAUCCCAGGCUCCUGAGCGUCGUCAGUCGCCUGACGGUGAAGGUGACGAAGGCUGACGACGGGCAGCAGUAUUCCUGCAGGGCUCUCCAUCCAACCCUCCGGGACUCAAGGGCGUCUCUCAUCACGUCGGUCAUCCUGUCCGUUUUACACCCACCAGGCGAGCCAGUCAUCACAGGAUACAAGACGGGCGAGGUCCUCCACGCGGGCGAUAGACGCACCCUUAACUGCCGGGUCAUGGGGGGCAAUCCGCGCCCUUGGCUCGCCUGGUACUGGCACGGGUGGGACGCGGAGGGGGCUAAGGGGCGGAAGACGGUGGCCCUGACGGAUAAGGGGGGCGGGAGGAAGGGCAAGAAGAGCAAGGGCGUCAGCGUCGCCCACGAGAUCACGGCUUCCAGGGCGGAGGACGGCGUCGUGUACGAGUGCCGAGUCGGCAGCUCCCAGCUGACAGAGUCACUGUCCGCCAACGUCACUCUGACUGUGCAUUAUGCGCCCGCCAGAGUGAUGGUGACCGGCUCCUCUGCAGUACCGUCUGGGAAACCGUUUUCACUCACUUGCUCAACCUCCCCAGCGAAUCCUCCAGCUACACUCGUCUGGAUCGUGGAUGGAAAAGUCGUGAAGGGAGGCAAAACGGAGGAGAAACGGGCGGAGGGCAGCGGCUGGAUCACGUCUUCCGAAUUGACCCAGUACGCCAGUGGGUCAAAGGACGCCCGGCAGGUCAAAGUGGAGUGCGAGGCCAAACACUCGACUGCCGAUAACCCUAUCACGCACACGAGGCUCAUAAGUAUUACCAGAAUGCCAGGACCUCCAGUCGUCGAGGUGGACGUCAGAGGUCAGGUCGUGGCGGGAACCGUCCUCGAACUGACCUGUACCAGCACUGGAGGUCACCCGCCACCCCGGAUCAGGUUAUUCAAAGGUGAGGAGGAGGUCGAAGUUCAGGAGCAGCAGAGGGGGAACGUGACCUGGGCGAGGGCAGCAUUCAAGGUCGUGCCCGCAGACAACGGGGCAAAGGUCAGGUGUGAGGUCAGCAACGCUGCAACGACCACGCCCCUCACCGCUCAUACGACUAUCAGCCUUAUGUUCCCAGCGUGGGAGGUCAUCACCCAGUGUAAGCCCUCGCAAGUGGAGGCUCGAGAGGUCGCCACUUUGACCUGCGAGUCGUCCUCGAGUCUGCCCCCUUCCACUCUGACCUGGCACUCGGGAGGUGCCACCCUGGAAGGCGCCAUCACUUCCCAUUCGCCAGGCCUCUACGGUGGCACUGUGACAAGGAGCGAUCUGAUAGGUCAAGAUGGCGCCAUGUGGGUCACCGUUCCAUCUGGGGUCAUAAAGGUCAACGAAGGCGAUGACCAGGUCUUAACAGCUCACGCCGCGGCGAAUCCAGGUCCCGUCACGUACUCCUGGCGAGAAGGUACUUCGGACAUAACGAGCGAGGGCAGCUCGAGCGGAGAGCUACGAAUGAUAAACUUGCGCCGUCAGCAGAGUGGCAACUACACGGUCAUGGCUAGAAGCCCCAAGGGCUCGGUCACAGCCAAUUUCCUACUGAAUGUUCAGUACGGUCCGGAAAACGUAAUGGCCACGGAGAAGGUGACGGUGGACAACGGCGAAUCCGCGUCCCUGGUCUGCUCCGCCCUUGGGAACCCCACCCCGAAUAUCACGUGGGUGAGGCCCUUCGGAGAAGCGAACCUUCGGAGGAAUAACUCCCGGGGAAUCCUGGCCACGGGAUUGGGCGAAGCUCGUCUACUGGUAGACUGGGUUUCCCGAGAAGAUACUGGUGUCUACCACUGCAUCGCCUCCAGCGUUGUAUCGACGUCCCAGCCAGUCGCCUCGUUAAUCAUCGUUAAUCAGGCGCCGUGGAGUCCCGCGACGAGACAGAGGAACAUGGUCAUGUCGACGGACGACAACUACUGGGACGCCGACUACGGCCACGGCCAGUCGUGGGCGCCCGAGGGCGGCCGCGGGCGUCUGGAGUGUCGGGUGCGGGCGUCGCCCCGACCCACCUUCACUUGGAGCACCGACACGGGCCAGUCGAUCUUGACGGAUACCAAGUACACGAUCAAGGAACCGAGGCUGGUAGACGGAAUUGUGGAGUGGGAGUCAGUGCUGGAAGUGAAGAGGGUCUCCCACAAAGAUUACAUCAAUUUCACCUGCACUGCCACUAAUAAGGAGGGCUUGUUCUCCACCAUUCUCAGUCUAAAACCGCCGGCGACACCUGAUGUUCCUGAGCACUUCACGGUUAAAGUUUGCCAUGGCCGUGCGGCUGGCAGUGAUGUUGGUGCUAACAACACAGGCUACCAACUGGCCGUGACCAAAAGCGUUCAUGGGCCGCGGCUGAGAGUUUUCAAGGGUCGUGUCUGA